UCGAUCGAUUCGGUAAGAUUGCGAAAUUCCGAUCUUCCCCACUGCUAUCGUACGCCUCCCUCGCUAUCUUGAGCUUCCUGAGACAAUUUAACUCCGCACCAUACUAUGCCUUGCGCUCUCAAAUUCACCAAUUCCAUUAUCCUACGCCCACACCAACCCUUCACAUUUCUCGCCCCCUCAUCCUCCGCCACCACUACCGGCCAAUCGACGGCAUCUAACUCCACCGGUUGGUGGCGCAGGACGACCGCAUUCUCUCCUCCGCCACGCCGUAGAAUCGCUUCGCGGAGUGGCCGGGAACAUCACCGAUUCGCAUCGGAUUCUCGAAGCGGAGAAGUAGAUAAAAAGCUGUUUUGCAAUUCGGAUACUAAUUUCGGUUCCGAAAUGUGCGUCACCAACAAUGGCAAGGCCGAGAGCCAAUCCGACGUGUCUCCGCCCACGCAGAAGCUAACCGGAAAACCACCGGCGAAGCUGCUCACAUUGCCUACGAUAUUGACGAUUGGACGCGUCGCCGCGGUGCCGCUCCUUGUAGGCACAUUUUAUGUUGAGAGCUGGUGGGGACCUGCUGUUACAACUGGGAUUUUCAUUGCUGCAGCCUUUACAGAUUGGCUUGAUGGAUACCUUGCUCGAAAGAUGGAUUUGGGAACUCCGUUUGGUGCAUUUUUAGAUCCAGUGGCAGAUAAGCUUAUGGUUGCUGCCACACUGAUCUUGUUGUGUACCCGACCUCUUGAAGCUGGUGGGUUAGAGCAUGCACCAUGGCUGUUAACUAUACCUGCUAUUGCUGUAAUUGGCAGAGAGAUUACUAUGUCCGCUGUCAGGGAAUGGGCUGCUGCUCAGGACAAAAAGCUUCUUGAGGCUGUUGCAGUCAAUAAUUUGGGGAAGUGGAAAACUGCCACACAGAUGAGUGCAUUAACCAUCCUCUUGGCUGCCAGAGAUGCCAGCAUCAUCGGAGCCCAUACCUUUGCUUAUUCUGGGGUUGUGUUGCUAUAUAUUUCAGCAUGGCUUGCCUUAUGGUCACUGGUUGUGUACAUGAGUAAGAUAUGGAAAGUGCUUCUUAGCCAGUAACUUGGCGUAUCAAUUUUUAUCAUGGUUCGUAGUAACUAUAACGAAGAAUGGAGGAGCAAAGACAUCCCCACCCGUAAAAAGAAGAGAUUGUUCUAAAUAUGGGUGAGCAAGUGCAGCUCUCCAUUUGAGAUUCUUUAGCAUCAACUGAGUUCUAUCCCAGGAGCUGUGUUCCAAUUAUCCAAAAAAUAUAGUAGAUGAAAUAAUGCCCGUCACUCUAGUGACCCCUCGUCACCAAUGUAACAAGCGAACAACAGUAGAUGACAUUCCAUGUGUUGCUGAGGCAGUCUUCUUUAUUUUUGUUAAAAGUCACUGCUUUAGCAGCUUGGUACCUGAUUUAGGCUAGUAUUAUUUGUUAUCAAAUGUACUAUAUAGAUAGAUGGUAUCAUAAAAUCAUGAAGCAAAGUCAUGAUGCUGUUUAUCUAUAUUAUACUCAGUGGCACUAUUAUGGAACAAAUGCAGAGAUACAGCACUGAAUUUAUCACAUUUCAUCAUCAAUAA